AACCUCUGUAUUUUCACUAUUUUGUACCUUGUCUCUCUCUCUCUCCCAUUUUGGCAUACCUUUGCUUCUUCUUUCCCUACCUAGGGUUUUCUAAUUCCAAAUCUGCUUGAUAUUUUCAUUACCAGAUUCUACUAUCAAUGUGCCUCCACCUUUCAUCUUCUUCCAGGGCUUGGAUGUUCAAUGUCAGAGAGUGUGAAAGGAGCUCACAGACUGUUCAUACUUUAAAAUAUCUCUAUCAAAGAAAGUUACAGAGUUAGUGGGCCUCUUCUUCAGAUCUUUGAAGGUUCUUUCAUCUGAAGUUUCUGGCAAAUGGAUUAGUAUAAACUUUAAGUUCAUUAAAACCUUUUUGUUGAACUGUUUCUGCACAAAUUUGGAGAGUUAACAGCCAAAUAUAUGGGGUCACAUUCUCGCAUUUGUGAGAUUGUUGAAGCAAGGGAAGAGCUGGAUUCGGCAAAAAAUUCAAAAAGAACUUACCAAUCUCAUUCUGGAUUAAGUCUGGGUGGCAGUGAUAGAGAUCCACCUGUGCUUAAACUGGGAUACAGAGAUUCUUUAGAAGAUGAUAUCAAUCAACUUUUUGAGGCUAUCAGUCUUAAGAACUCAUCUAAGGGUCUCAGUUUUUCAAGUCAAGCAGGCCCAAGCUCAAGUCCUUUAAGGAAAAAUGCCAUGAAAAGGCCAAUAACAGUAGGUGUGCCUCAUUCGCCAAGAAUUGGGAAUGCUGAUACUGUGUCUCUGAAGCAAGCACUAAGGGAUCUUUGCAUUUCUAAAGCAUCAGAAAUGGCUGCUAUGAAACGAUUGUCAAAGUCAAGUGCCUCGCCAAGUCUCUCAGAAGCUGGAAGGAUAAAGAGUUUGUAUAAUUCAGUUGUAGUUGAGACUAGUAGAUCUGGGCUUCCCAUUGAUGAAAGCAAAAGGACUCUGGUUGAGAUAUCUCUAGUGCCAGAAGAAAGCAAAUCAAAUUAUUUUGAGAAGACAUCUCAACAACCUCAGGUGCCUAAGAUAAAGUCAUCAAACCAGAGUGCUCGUUCUUCUUCUCAGUCCCAAGUACUGAAAUCUCCCCAGCAAAGUGCUCAUUCUUCUCCUCGACUUGUUUUUCCAACAAGACAAAGUGGCCCUGAGACUCUAUCGAUGGAUGAUGAGAUUUCUUCUUCAUCCAGAAAAGUUGGAAUGCAAGCUUUAAAGUCACCUGACCAAAGUGCUCUCUCUUCUCCUAGAUUUGCUGUACCUAAAAAGCAAAGUGGUACUGAGGCCACCUUGAUUAAAAACGAGGUUGGUUCUGCAACAAGAAAAGGUGGAAGUCAAGCAAUAAAGUCACCUUCCCAAAGUGCACAUUCUUCUCCCAGAUUUUCUGUUCCAUUGAUGCAAAAUGGUACUGGGAACACGUCUGUGCAGAAUGAUAUCAAUUCUGCAUCAACACAAGUUGGAACUCAAGCAUUGAAGCCAGAAAUGGUACUGAAAGAGAAAUGUGUGCCUGCAACUUCCUUAUCAUGUUCUGAUUCUGUUGACAAUACACAUGAUGAAGAUUUAAGUGUUGCCACUUCAACAAAGGUAACAAGAAAAGCAUCAGCACCUAGAUCAGGUCGAAAAGGCAAGUUAUACUCUCAUCCUUCAAAUAGUGGAAACAGAGUAAGCAAGCUCACAAGAAAUACUCCACGUUUAGCAAAAACGAUUGUGAUGAACAAGAGUUCUGUUAAGAAGAAAAUAAAGCAGGGUGUAGCUACCGCUGCCCGCAUUACUAAUGAAGGCAUUAACAGCUUGUCUCCUAAUACCAGUCCGUUGGUUUGCCAUAAAUGUCAAUGUGCUUUAAGAAAUGUGACUGAAGAUUCAAAGCAAGAUUGUGCAGUCUCCUUCUCUGCCAGUUUUAGUGCUGAGGUUAGCUCAAGCAAUGUAGAAGAUGGUUCUAGUAAACCAGACAUCAGUUCAAGCAAUUGCAGUGGAAGCAGAUCUGUUGUAAAAGCAAAAAAGAAUUCAAAAUCAAGAGAAAAGGGAGAAUUCUCGCAAAGCUCAAAGAGUAGCCUUGGUGAGUAUAGUACUAGUACAAGCAACAGCGACGAGAGCAACACAAGCAGGCCUAGUUGUUGCAACAGACCCCACAUGUCAAAGGAUGUCAGAUGGGAAGCUAUUCGUCAUGUUAAGAUGCAAGAUAAAGUCUUGGAUUUGAGGCACUUCAACAUCUUAAAGAAGCUCGGUUGUGGAGAUAUAGGGACUGUGUAUCUUGCUGAGCUACUUGGUUCAAACUGCCUUUUUGCAAUAAAGGUCAUGGACAAUGAAUUUUUGGCAAGAAAGAAGAAGAUGCCAAGAGCUCAAACUGAGAGAGAGAUAUUGAGAAUGUUAGACCAUCCUUUUCUACCCACACUGUAUGCUCAAUUUACAUCAGAUAAUUUGUCAUGUUUAGUUAUGGAGUACUGUCCAGGUGGAGAUCUACAUGUCCUUAGGCAGAAGCAGCCUGGUGGGAGUUUCCAUGAACCAGCAGCCAGGUUUUAUGUUGCUGAAGUUCUCCUUGCCCUAGAGUACUUGCACAUGCUUGGAGUUAUCUACCGUGAUCUGAAACCGGAGAACAUCCUUGUUCGAGAAGAUGGCCACAUUAUGCUAACAGACUUUGAUCUCUCACUAAGAUGCAGUGUAAGUCCAACCCUUCUGAAAUCACCUGAUGGCGAUCCUGUAAAGGUUUCUGGCCCAUGCACUGAAUCUAGUUGUAUGGAACCUUUCUGCAUUGAGCCGUCAUGUCAAGUUCCCUGCUUCAGUCCUAGGUUUUUACCUGCUACGGCAAAAACAAGGAAGUUAAAAGCUGAAAUGGCAACCCAUUUGAGGUCAUUGCCACAGCUUGUGGCGGAGCCUACUGAUGCACGUUCAAAUUCCUUUGUUGGGACCCAUGAAUACCUGGCCCCUGAAAUUAUCAAAGGAAAGGGUCAUGGAGCAGCAGUUGAUUGGUGGACCUUUGGUAUAUUUCUUUAUGAGCUUUUAUAUGGUAGAACACCGUUCAAAGGUUCUUGCAAUGAAGAAACAUUAGAAAAUGUAGUGUCGAUGAGCCUGAAGUUCCCUGAUAGUCCACUUGUUAGUUUUCAGUCAAGGGAUCUUAUAUGGGGAUUGCUGGCAAAGGAUCCUGAGAAUCGGUUAGGAACAGAGAAAGGUGCUGCUGAGAUCAAGCAACACCCUUUCUUUGAGGGCUUAAAUUGGGCAUUGAUAAGAUGUGCAAUUCCACCGGAGCUACCAGAAUAUUAUGAUUAUGGAUUUUCAUAUCCGUCCUCCAAUGAAAAUAGCAGCAAGUAUUUGGAGUAUAAAGCUACUGGUGAGCACCUUGAAUUUGAGUUGUUCUAAAUGUGGUUUUUCUCCUUCACUGUUGUAACUAUAAUGGAGCUUACCAUGUAAAUUUGAUUGAGAAUAUUGUGGUAUAGCAGUUAUUUGUGGCAUGAAAGUCACUUGGCGGCUGAGCAAUUGAGUCAUGGCUUAAGGGAGGCAAUGAUGGACCAUUUGUCCAAUUUCAUGAGCCCUCUUAAGACCAGAUUUUGUAACAUCAAAUUAUUCAUUUAGCUUGUACAUGUCCUUCCUUCAAGUUUUCUUCUGUUAGUUUCGUCUUCGGCCAUGGCUCCAUAAAAAAGCUGAUCCUUUCCUUUUCCAUUUUCUGCUUCCUAGUAAAUAUAUGAGCCAGAUCUUUUCAUC